AUGACAUACCUUCAAAGGAAGCGAAUUCCCAGCCAGAUUCAGGGCACUAACAUCAACUAUGCAAGUGGCUCGUUCAGGCUUCUAAUGCAUGAAGCAGGCAACUCUAAGCAACAAGUAACAGAACCCGGACAAGCUACUCUCCCUCUUGACAGCAGCUUGGGCGUUACAGUGGUGGCCCAUGCCAAUGGCAUCAGUACUCAAGUCGCCUACAAACUAAGGAACUAUUCACGGCAGAAGGAUCUGAAGAUGGAUGCACUCAUUGCGGAAAUAGUGAAAACGUCUGACUACUAUGGCACCAAGCACACACAAGAGGUGCUGAUGACCAUGCUCGGUAUUCUUGUCCCCAAGGACCUCAACAAGCGCCGGAACAGUAACGCCUCAUCUGGAAGUGAGCCUUCCACAACCAAGCAAGCACCUACGCACUUGUCCUCCACCCUACCAUUGAAGUACCAAGUGGUCUUUAAGAAGGUUUUGGAGCCCGACGCCAUCAAGAUCAACAACUGGUACACGUUCCUUAUCAUUGGGGUUAACUGGGACACCCUGUUGUCCACACUGGCGAAGAAGGACAAGGUUAAGGUCAUGGUGAAGGAGACAACCGACAUUGUUAACCUUAGGUACUUGGGGAAGCGGUGGAUGGCAGCACUCUUUCGGUCACUGACUGGAGACAGCCUCUCGGAGGUUCAGCAGGCAGACAAGGCUACAUUCGACACUGUCUAUGACAUCUUGAAGGCAAAGCUGCAGAAUGCGAUAGCAAACCACUAG